UAUUUGUGCUACCAAACAAGGAUUUAACAGUGAUUCCGACAACGACUAACGACAAUCGACCGUGAUCAGGCAUUUAGGCAUCAAAGUGGACAGGGCAGAGAACCAAAACGAAUGAUUCCAGUAAAACAAAGCGACAAAAAUAACUAACAAAAAAAUCAAGAAAGUAAUAAAUAAAUAAAAACCACGAAAAGAAAUGGAGGUGCACCACACUUGUCCAAAGAUAAAAUGCGCACCACCAUCACCACCUCACAGAUUUCUGCCCGGUCUCUUUGCUAGCGUGCGCCGAUUUUCCUUUUCUUCUCUCUAAUGGCGACUUCUCUGCAACUAUGUCGUUUCUGCAUCCGCACCGGUUCCGAUAAUUUCGGCGGAAAAGCCGGAGCUCUCCCUUUCCGAAAGCCUAUCUUCGUCAGAUGCUCCGGCGAUUCCACUUCUUCCUCUUCCAUAGCUGUGGAUCCCGAUAACUUUGAUGCCAAGGCUUUUCGGCAUAACUUGACGAGGAGCAAGAAUUAUAAUCGGAAAGGUUUCGGACACAAAGAGGAAACUCUCGCGCUAAUGAAUCGGGAGUACACCAGUGAUAUCAUAAAGAAAUUGAAGGAAAAUGGAAACGAGUAUACAUGGGGAAAUGUUAGGGUAAAAUUGGCAGAAGCAUACGGUUUUUGCUGGGGAGUUGAGAGAGCUGUCCAAAUUGCUUAUGAAGCCAGAAAACAGUUUCCUGAUGAGAAAAUUUGGAUUACCAAUGAAAUUAUCCACAAUCCAACUGUUAAUAGGCGGUUAGAGGAGAUGGAGGUUAAAAAUAUUCCUAUUGAAGAAGGGAAAAAACAGUUUGAUGUAGUGAAUGAGGGUGAUGUUGUGGUAUUGCCUGCUUUUGGAGCUGCAGUUGAUGAGAUGUUGGUUUUGAAUGACAAAAAUGUGCAAAUUGUUGAUACAACCUGUCCUUGGGUAUCUAAGGUAUGGAACACUGUAGAGAAGCACAAGAGAGGAGACUACACUUCAAUCAUUCAUGGUAAAUAUGCUCACGAGGAGACAAUCGCAACUGCAUCUUUUGCUGGAACAUAUAUGAUUGUGAAGAAUAUGACUGAGGCAAUGUAUGUUUGUGAUUAUAUUCUUGGAGGUGAACUUAAUGGAUCUAGCUCCACCAAAGAGGCAUUUCUGGAGAAAUUUAAAUAUGCUACUUCAAAGGGAUUUGAUCCAGAUUGUGACCUAGUAAAAGUUGGCAUUGCAAAUCAAACUACAAUGCUGAAGGGAGAGACAGAGGAAAUUGGAAAAUUAGUGGAGAGGACAAUGAUGCAAAAAUAUGGAGUGGAAAAUGUUAAUGAUCACUUCAUAAGCUUUAACACAAUUUGUGAUGCAACACAAGAGCGACAAGAUGCAAUGUAUAAGUUGGUGGAGGAAGACCUGGAUCUUAUGUUAGUAGUCGGUGGGUGGAACUCAAGCAAUACCUCACACCUUCAAGAAAUUUCAGAGGACCGUGGAAUCCCUUCAUAUUGGGUUGACAGUGAACAGAGAAUAGGUCCAGGAAACAGAAUAGCUCACAAAUUGAAACAUGGGGAGCUGGUUGAGACAGAAGACUGGCUACCAGAGGGUCCAAUCACAAUUGGUGUUACAUCUGGUGCCUCCACACCAGAUAAGGUUGUCGAGGAGGCCCUCAUCAAGGUUUUUGACAUAAAACGUGAAGAAGCCUUGCAGGUAGCAUAAAUAUCGGUUCACACAGGUGCAUCAGCCGUUGAUUCUCGUUUGGUAGUACAAUCUGGUCAAUGUAUAAUUGAAACAAGGAACUUCAAUCUGACAGUAUAAUUGCAUGUACUGUUAAUUGUAAUGCUGUAUGUUACUAUGUAUCAUGAAAUGGUUGAUAUAUAUAAGUAUCUGUAAGUUUUCAGUAUUCCUUUCACCGUAUACAGAUCCUGAACUCCAGCGUGAAGAGCAAUGUUAUUAAAUCAGCAGCAAACA